ACGUACGGUGAGUACCGUAGGAUAAUCCUAAGCACUUAUUCUGCACUCCACCACAAUAUUGAUUGUUCACAUCAUGUGAUCGUAUGACUUACAUAGGAAGUAUUCCCCAAGCGUUGACAGAAGUGUAAGUGAAACUUCUGUAACACGCCCUCUGGUGAAAGAAUGAGCUUAAAGUUCAAAAACAGUUACCGUGUCAUCUACCUUGAUUUUUAUUUAUUUAUUUAUCUAUUUUUUUUUUUUUUUUUUUUUUUUUUUUAAUUUCCCCUCUCCGGAAAAAGUGAACAUUCCCAUUCAUGUUUCUACGAAAGCAAAGAGAAAACGAAAUUUAGAUUACCGGAAAUUCGUUGUGAACUAGACGUGGAGUAUUACUUGUACUAGGUAGAUUAAUGGACCACCCGAAAAAAACCUAAAAGAUUCACUAUGAAUAACAACAAUCCUAGAAACGUCAUUGCCCCAAGGAAUGACGAUCAAAGAGGCGGGCGUAAUGACAAUGACAGACGACGUCAAGAGGAAAUGCAUGGAAACCGACAAAGACCACGUCAGCGUAGACAAACACGACCAGAAAAAGUUUAUGAAAAAAGCGAAAGAAGAUUAAAUGAACCUGGUCCAACAUAUAUUUUAGGAAUCGACAGAACCUUUGCAAACCAGGAUGAGUUUUGGAAAAAACUUGCAAAUUUGCCAAAGACUAUAAACCUAACUGUGAAGUCGUUUAAAACGAAUUCAGAGAGCGCCACAACAUCCAUUUUCAUACAUUUCCAAAGCAAUGCAGCAUACAGAGAAUUUCACAGAUACAUGCGAAACAACCGAAGACUGGGCUUUCACUAUCGAUUUCUCAGGGAGGAAGUUCACAAUGUAAGUCAACAAUUCAUAGAAUCAAAUUUGCAAAAUAUCCAUGAAAGAACUGAAAGCAUUCUUCGCUUGCACCGAGAAAAGAUUGAAAAUGUUCAGGUAGAACUAAGAAAUUUAACUAAAACACAUGGCUGUUUAAACCAUGAAAACAUGAGAAUACAAAAAAGAGCAUUAGAAAGCAAAGUUUUGGAAUUUGAAGGUCAGCGAAAUGAAUUCGAAAGAAAAAUAAGGCAUAUAAAACAAGUUCUGGAAAAUCUCGAAGGUUUCAGAGCAAAGCAGGAAGAUGUUGACAACUUGCUAAAACAAUUUGAAAUUGAAUACACCAGACUGGAGCAAGCGUUACCAAUAUAUGCGCAACGAUCGCUUAUCACAGACACGGUUCUUCAUAACCAAGUAUGCAUUGUUCUAGGUGAAACAGGAUCUGGUAAAAGUACACAGAUGGUACAAUAUCUUCUAGAUACUAACCUUUCAGAAGAUGGUAAUAUUGCUUGUACACAACCAAGAAAAGUAGCUGCAGCAAGUUUAGCUCAGAGAGUUGCCAUUGAAAUGAAGUCAAACGUGGGUAACAUAGUUGGCUAUAAAUGCGGCCUCCACACCAAAGUUUCACUGCAUACCAAGAUCUUGUAUAUGACAGACUACAUGCUGCUGAACGAAUGCUUAAAUGAUCCUUUGUUGAACAAUUACUCGUGCAUAGUUAUUGACGAAGCGCACGAACGUAGCUUAUACACUGACCUUUUGCUAGGAAUGAUAAAAAAGUGUUUACCACUCAGACCAGACCUUCAUAUUGUUGUGACAUCAGCAACAAUAGACCCAGAUUUAUUUGUCCGUUUUUUUAGAGAACAAAGAGAGUGCCCAGUUUUACGGGUAUCUGGGAGAAUGUUUCCCGUUGACAUUGAGUGGCUACCUAUUUCCAAUACUGAAGAUUUUCCUGGAGAUUAUGAAAGAUGGACAGCUGAAAAGAUAUUAGAGAUUCACAAUGAAGGAGAGCCUGGUGAUAUUUUGGCAUUUCUAACUGGUCAGUUGGAAAUUGAAAGAUGUAUUGAGACAUUAGAGAUGGAUCUUAAGGGACGAGAGGAUUAUGUGAUGUUACCACUGCAUGGAAAACUUCAGAUUGAAGAGCAAAAUAAGAUUUUUAAGGAUGCACCACAUGGGAAAAGAAAAAUUGUGAUAUCUACUAAUGUUGCGGAGACAUCAGUUACUAUACCAGGCGUGAAAUAUGUUGUUGACAGUGGACUUGCAAAGGAAAUGAUUUACGAUCCUGAGAGAAAAGUAAGUUCAUUGCGUGUCAUUCAGAUCACCAAAAGUUCUGCAGAUCAGAGAAAAGGAAGAGCUGGCAGAACUGCCCCUGGAAAAUGCUUUCGUCUUUAUUCUAAACAGGAAUACGAUGCAAUGCCCACAGUAGCAUCUCCUGAAAUACUGAGAAUCCAUUUAGGUCACGCAAUCUUGAAAUUAUUGCAGUUAAAUGUGGACCCUCUUGAAUUUGAUUUUGUACAGGAACCUCCUAGAAAUUCAAUGGAAAUGGCAUUUCGUCAGUUGGUGAAACUGAAAGCGGUCGAAAACAGAAAAAUAACAAAACUCGGGAAAUGGAUUGCGAAACUUCCAUUCGAGCCGAAUUUAGGCGUGUUUGUUCAUAACGCUCUCGAUUCUGAUAUAGGGUUUGAAGCCAUUGUGAUUGCAUCUUCUUGCACAACAAUUGGAUCUCUCUUUUACAGAGCAGGUACACAAUGUGAGAAAGAUGUUUCGGACAAACUAAAGGUGCAGUUUUGUCACAGAAAAGGUGACUAUUUCACAUAUUUAAAUGUAUAUAGAGCGUGGAGCGCAAUUCAAGAGAAAGAAAAGGGAAAGUGGUGCAAGGACAAUUCCAUCAAUGGAAGAGCUAUUAGAAACAUUCGAGAUACGAUGAAUGAAAUCAGACUUAUUCUGAAAAAAGAAAUGCUCUGCACUGUUACAUUUAAGGAGACGGGUGGAGAAAGAGACCAUCGCAUUUUGCAGAAACUUUUAUUUCAAGCUUUCGAAGGUAAUCUUUGCCACUAUCUCGGUCAUGAAAAAGCAGGAUACCAUUUCAUAGACAAAAACCAGCAGGUGUUUAUCCAUCCAUCGUCUUCAUUUUUGUAUCUGGCAUCUUGUCCAGACUGGGUAAUUGUGGAAAAAAUAUUGAACACAUCUAGAGAAUAUGCAGUUAACAUAACCGAAGUUCUUGAAGAAGAUGUGACGGAAGCGAUAGCAAACGGCGAUUUGACACUGGACAUUGAAGACGUUACCGGGAAGAGAGUUGAAAUGAUAUAUCGGGAGUUUGUUGGUACUCGUUUAUAUGCCCACUUUGUAGGACCACGGCAUUUCAAAGUAAAAGAGCUAGAAAGUGCACUUAAGACACAAAAUGACAAUUCUGUGUUCAUUAUUGAUGCAAACAGAAAUAAAGGAGAAAUAUCGAUAUAUGCACCAGCGGAAAAGGAUCAUGUGGCUGCAAUUACUCUUCAAUCUGCCAUGACACCUAUUCGUAAAGCAAUACGCACAGAAGUAGUUGAAUUUCCCAUUGUUCCUAGAUGUCAAAAUGUUCGCGUUUCUGUUGGCCCAGGGGGUGUAGUUCAGGAUGUAUUAUGCCAGACCGAAUUCCGGUCAGUGUAUGUUUACUGUACUGACAGUGUUUUUGGGUCAGAUGAUGAUAUGAUUAGAUGGUUUGGUCGUUUUGGAGCAGUGGAGGGUAUCAAACAAAAGUCUCCGAAUAAUAAGAAUCCAAAUUAUCGCGGUGAAAUCAUGUAUGAAAAAAGUGAAUCUGCUAAAGCCGCUGUGGAUGGAACAAAAGACAAUCCACGAGGCAUUUCUGCAAGACCCCCCAUGGGAGCAGGAAAAGCUGGCGAUUCGGAAUUGUUCAAAGCAAAGGUCACCUGGUGCAGGAGAAAGUCGAGAGGUUUUGGUUUUAUAAAGAUAAACAAUCCAGUAACUCUGAGCACCAUUCUCCUUUCAAACGCUUUAAUAUCUAAAUUAUCGUUUGGUCGUUCACGAGUUACUAUUAAACGAAACAGAGAAAAUAAUGACGAAUUGUUUAUUAAGGGUCUUAAUCCUCUUGUGAACGAAGAGGUAUUGCGAGAAUAUCUUUUGGAAUCUUAUCCAAUGACUGAUGAUGAAAUUACGAAGAUUGUUGUAAUUCGUGAAAAAGUAGAUCCUUCUCAAGAGCUGCAAAUUCUAGAUACCUUCAAACGAAGGCUUGUUCGUCAGUUUGAACAAGAAAUCGCAAAAAAUCGAUUCAGAGUACUACUGAAUGAUCCUAGGAAAGGUGACAAUUCCUAUGAAGCGUGUGUUACUUUCAAUGACCCAGAAGAGGGAUUCGAAGCAUGUGCAAAAUUGAACAAAUGUUUUAUGAUAAACGACAACGUUGUUUCCGUUAUUCCGGAAAUCCAUUGCCGCAUUUCCGUUUUAGAUCUAGUUUUUAAACGCAUAGAAAAGGAAUUCAAUGCGUUUUGCGACAAAGUAAAAGCAGAAAUGUCUGGAGUAAGGAUACAAGUUACUGCAGUGCGGUAUGGAAAUCGAUUCAUAGAUAUAGAUGCUGAAAGUAUUGAUGGCAUGAUGGAAACACGAAGACAGAUUGUAGAAUUACUUCAGGAAGAAAAAUUGGACAUGGAACGAGUGCCAUCGCUAAGAAUGAUGUUCACCAGAGACGGUCGUCAGAAGAUACAGAAAAUCAUGGAAAAAACAAGAACGCUUAUCGUUCUGGAUGAUAGAAAUACGACAGUUUCGAUUCAUGGCAACAAGGAAGAUCGCAAUGUAGCCUUUACGAAAAUCCAAAAGUAUAUUUCGAAAUUGUCUUCAUCCAAAUUGACUACAUUGGAUUUGAAAGGUGAAUCCAGACCUCCUGGACUGAUGAGAGCAGUUAUUCUUGCGUAUGGAAUCGAUUUACUGGGCCUAAAGCAAUCUUGUGAACUGAAAUCAAUAGAACUUGAUCAUAGAAAUCACAGAAUCAAAAUGUUAGGUUCGGAGGAAGCUAUUCAACAUGCAAUGCAAAAUGUAGAAGAAUUAGAAGAAACGGUACGUGGAAAGUCUGAUGAUAGAACACCAUCAACUGAGCCUGAAUGUGGGGUUUGCUUUAGUGAAAUACCAGAUAGUGAUCUGUAUCGCCUUGAAUCUUGUGGACACCCAUAUUGCAGAGACUGUGUAAAGCUUCACAUCGAAUCCGUUAUCAGUGCUAGAGACUUUCCGAUAAAAUGUUGUCACGAAGAUUGUGACGAGUUAUGGGCAUUGGCUGAUGUCAGAAAUAUGAGCAAGAUGGGUAUGUGUACCAUGCAAACAGUGUUAAAUUCUUCGAUAUCGUGCUUUGUCGCUGCGAAUAAAGAUAAAGCUCGUUAUUGCAUUACGCCUGAUUGUCAAAUGGUAUACAAAGUCAGUAAGACUGGUGCACGAUUCGUGUGUUUCCUUUGCCAAAUGAGCAUUUGUUGUUGUUGCCAUGUUGAAUAUCAUACAGGGAUGUCAUGUGCCAAAUAUAAAAUGGAGAAGGGAAUUGACGAUAACGGGAUCCGCGAAUGGAUGCGUCGUGAUCCUCAAAACCGAUCCUGCUGUCCGAAUUGCUUUAUGGGUAUAGAAAAAUUCGGCGGAUGUCAACAUAUGGAGUGUAGGGCCUGUAAAGUGCACAUUUGUUGGACAUGCAAAGAAUUUUUCAAAACGAGUCGGAAAUGCUAUGGUCAUAUGAAUGAAAAACACAACUCGUUUGUGUAAAUUAUUGUUCAGAAGACGAGCAAGUGAUAUUUAACUGAUUAACGCGAAUCCGAAUUUGAAUAGUGUAGAGAAUUACUUCAUUAGCUUUGUUUUGUCUCUGAAGAAUGAUACAUGUAUAUAUUAGUUGUAAAACUAUAGAUACAUCAAUUUGUAUCUGCCAGUCACAAUGAAUAUUUGUCAUUAGCAUAUCAAACUAAAACGUCUUUAAAAUAUAAUAAUGAUUUAAGGAUAUCUAAUACAUUACAAAUUCGUGUUUUAAAUUAACUUAAGUUAUACUGGAUAAGAUGAAGAGUUAAUGUUUUCUUGUAAAAACUAAAUAUUUUGUGAUUAUUGGUGUACAUGCAUUGAUCAAAACACAUGAUUUUGUGAAGUCCAUAUGGGUCAAAAUGUACUAUUUUAGACGCUAUUUUCAAGCCUCUUCAGAAAUGUUGAGUAGUGCCCCCCUAUUUACUGCAAUUAUUUUGUCCAUCAAUUAAAUCAUCAAUAUUUUUUUUUAUCAUGAACUUGUUGUUACGUAGUACAUGUACACAUAUUGUUCAGUUGUUUCGUUUGUUGCAUAUCAUUUAAUAAUUCUAAUAUAAAAACUUGUGUUAACUGCUCGAAAGGCGACUAAAGAAUGACCACCGGAGACACACAGUAGAACAAUCUAAAGUCUCAUUUCCGUUGAUCAUAUGCCAGAAGUGGUGAUUCAACGUACCAAUACAGACACAGAUACAAUCUGUACCACAUGCAAUUUAAUUGACUGAAAUCAUCUGCCCAUGAAGAACAUACAUCAUGUGACUAAAAACCCGUUUAAAUUCUGUACACUAUUUUCCCGCUAUACUUCUAUGGAAUAUUGUUUCUAAAGCAUUGCGUUUUAUUUUAUUUAUCUAUAUAUCUAUUUACAAUCAUAUGUUUUAUAUAUAUCCCAUAUUUUGUCAACAUGUCGGAUUUGUAUGUCUAUUCCUGAAUAAAGAUUGGCAUUAUCAUAGAUUGUCUGGUGAAUGUAGAAUA